AUGUGUAUAUAUUAUGCGUCAGCCGACGACAAACACAUCAAUUUGACAUCACCUAAGGAUAUGUAUGUAGUUCGAGCUACUGUUUAUCAAGUAGGAAUUUUAACUAACAAAACAAAAGAUUCGGACUUGAAUAAGACUGGUCAGCAAGAAGCGAUAACAUUCUAUCAGAACAAAGGUACUGGAAUAAAUCUUAAUAAUAUACCUGCUCCUCUGGUGACUAACGUGACUGCUGAGAAUAUAGUGGGAGUUGCUCCAGCCAAUGCUCCGUUUCCACUUAAUAUGAGCCUAUUAGGCAAUGCUACAGCUCUACAAAGAUUACCCCGGGAAGUGGUUAUACCAGCCAACAUCACGAAGGCUUCACUCCUAAUUCCAGCGGCUGCUGGGGUCCAGUCCAUCUCUCUUCCACCACUUCUAUCCUUCAAUAAUAAUAUUUCCAAAAUACCUGUACCUCUCCCCAAUGUAUCUGUUGUGAGCUACACAAAAGCCAGUACUCUUGUUAAAAAACCUUAG